AUGUCAUGGUGUAUCUCGAGGUUAUAGCCCAGUCUUUCUCGGCUUGAGUAAAGAGGCCUCCGCCAGAGUGUGCUGAAACCUACGUUUGUGAAGGGAAGAUCACCUGAAGAAAGAUGGCAGGCAGGGCGAGUAAAUCUGGUAUUGGAUACCAACAGGAGAAGAAGAUGGAGGCUAACUAUGACCGCGAGGAGGCGGCAGGUACCCCUCAAGCCAUCGUCACCUGGGUGAAUGGCGUCAUUCAAGGUCAACACGACCCUUGCCCCAACGCGUCUUUUGAAUCCAUCGCAGCUUACUUCAAAGAUGGGAUCGCAUUGUGCAAGCUGAUCAACACUCUGCUGAAAAACACAGGAGGAUCACCAGUCUCCUUCAGCAAGAAAAUUACUUCUCCUUUCGUGGCCAUGGGUAACCUUGAGAAUUUCUCAAAAGGCUGUGAGAGCUUCGGCCUGCCCAAGACCUGCAUAAUCCAGAGUGGAGACGUAUACGAGGGCAGCAAGGCCAAAUUCUACAACGUCCUCAACACCUUGCACAGUUUGGGCAUGUUGGCCAACUCUAAGAAUAUACAGCCCCAGUACACCGGCAAGAUGGUCAAGCUUAUGGACAACGAAUGAGUUCAAUGACUGUGAAAACUUUUCGUAUCGUAAAUGUGAACAAAUUUGAAAUCCAGUUUAUAUAAGGGACAGUAAGGGAAUCUGGAUGAAAUCAUGGUGAUGUUGCCAUAUAGUAACUGGGUUUGAAGAGUUCUGGUGGAAAAUAUCAGUGUUUUGUACUACAACGGAACUGGGAGCAGGUAUUUGUGCCUUUACAUAGACUGUAUGAUCUUUUGUCUCUUGCAAUAAACAUCAAUUUUUGUUUACAUCAAAUCGUUCAAAUUGGAAACAAAUUUUUUACACAUUGUGUUGACCACAAUAACGAAAUAAAUCUUUGAAACUUUA